AUGCAGCAACCCAGAUCCGCCCUCUCGCCCCUUCCAGACAUCGUGCGCGGCCCAUCCGCACCGCCGCGACUACCACCUCGCCCUUCUCCACCACCGCCUGCUCCAGACUUCCUCGUCAUCGGCUUGUUUGCCCUACGACUCACAAAGCGCUUGAUAGAGAGCCUCGAGUACUAUCCCGGUCGCGACGCUGACAUCAUCUGGCUCGUCAACUUCCUCUCGCCCUUCCACAACGAUUACGAACUAGCCAAGAUCUCAGGUGCUCGAAGAGAUGACUACCUCGCAAAUUAUCAGAGCAUUGUAUCGCGAAUGAAGAAGCAGCCAAAAUAUCCGAUGCGGUUCAUGCAGAUGAACCCCGAUAAGUCCGCGCAACCGUCAAGGCGGAGCACUGAGACCGAGCGGCCAAGCCAGAUGACCGACGCGGAAAGACAGGAGAUCAUCAACUUCUGCGACGCAGCAGGCGAGUGGGGAUCUAUCCUUCCGAUACCAGCGCGAGAAGCAGAGAGAAUGGUCGAGCUGGCUGACCGAAGGAAAAUCGCCGAUCUCGAAGAGCCUCAUCGGCAACGCCAGCAGAUGAACGGCGAUGAGUAG